AUGGUUACAAAGGGAUGCAGGAGACCGCAGUAUCUCGCGAGUCCUCCCAAUCUCAACACACAUGACCGCCUUCCAUCCCCACGCCGCACCACCAAUGUGACACCGAUCUCAGCCUCAAAGGCGUCAAACUCCGUUCGGCUUUCCAACGCUCCAAAAAAAUUGAAACACGAAGAAAUAACCCUACCUCUCAGUGCAAAUAUAUCCCGUGAAUUUGUGCUUGCCACCCCUAAAAAGCCAAAACCUAGCAAUGCAGCAAACAACAUGAUUGGUAGGUCAGUCCAGGGCCCCUCGUUUACCCUUUUCAAGCAUCAAGCGAUGGAUCUCGAGUGGCUGCUCGCGCGUGAGAAAGCAGGACAAGGGGGUUCAAUACUCGCACAUGAGAUGGGGGUUGUUGUCCCUAGUGUGUCUCUACGCGAACAAUGGAUGCGCGAAAUUGAAAAAUUUGGUGAUGGACUAACAGCGAAAGUUCACGAUGGGCACAUGAGUAUAGACGCUCUUAUGGACGCAGAUAUUAUCGUCAGUACGUAUCAGCGAAUAGAACGUCGAAUGAGCAAAGAUCCCAAAGAUCCGGUCUUUCUGGUAUGCUGGUUCCGCGUCAUUUUGGAUGAAUCGCACAAGAUUAUGGGCCUAGGUGCUUGGUACAGAGCAUGCAUAGCUUUGCCAAAGCUGCACGGGCUUUGUCUUACGGGCACCCCUUUCGUAAACAAGCUAUCCGAUAUCCAGCCCCAGCUCAGGUUUCUUGAAGUCACAGAUGAGCAUGCUGGUCCGGCCGCAGAAAGCACCGUAUUCACAGUGCGCGGUAAACGCGGAUACUUCUCCAAUGUUUCCGCAUACGUAGUCGCGGAUCUUCUUAAAGAUUGUGCGCGAUACAGGAGAAAGGUGGAUGUAAUUCAACUUCCGAAUCUAGAAAUCAAAACUGUUCGUGUGUGGCAAACACAAGGGGAGAAAGUGAUACACGAUUGGGCUCGUUCUAGCCUCAAAGAUUAUGAUAUUGGGUGGCUGAGAGCCAGGCAAGCGUGCGAUCAUCCAUUUCUACUCAUGGGCGUCUUGGGGAAGAUAAUCGAGGAGCAAGGUUUGGACGCUGAUGUAACUUCUGAUGUAGUGGACAUGUACAGACGCGGACUCGGUCCCGAUCCAGAAGUUCUCCCAUUAAACCUUCAGUCAUUCGCUUGGCUGUUCGGGCAUGCUUAUCCCUCAAGCAAAAUUUGCGCGGUGAUGAAUAUUAUCAUAGGGGUGCCGGCAGGCCAGAAGGUGUUGGUUUUUUGCUGUUUUAGGGACACGAUGAAUCUGCUGGCGGUCCAAUUGAGGAAACGGAAGAUAGGAAUGGAUCAAUAUCACGGCGAACUUUCGAUCAAACAACGCACGACAGUCCUUGACUCUUUCGCGAACGAUUCUCGCAUGAAAGUGCUCCUGAUGUCCAUUGAUGCUGGUGGUGUCGGACUGAACAUUACUGCUGCAAAUCAUGUUAUUCUCGUCAACCCGUGGUGGAACCGUUGCAAAGAGGUUCAGGCCAUUUCUCGAUGCCACCGGUUUGGUCAAGAACAGACGGUUUUUGUGUAUAAAAUCAUCACACAGGACUCUGUGGAGACUGAUGUUAUUAAGUGUCAAGAGGAGAAGAAGGAUAUCAUUGAACAAGUACUGGACUUGAUUGCGCUUCCCCCUAUCACAUGAGCUCGAACUUGAAAGAUUGUCUUAUCUAGUUACAAUCUUGCUGUAUGUAUGUACACUAUUGUGUUAUCAUUGUCCGCAACGCGUAU